AUGACUUCGAACGGCACCGUAAAUGGCCACAACAACGAGAUCCUCCAGCCGCGCGCGCGCAAGCCUGUCAACCCUUCGAUAGCUCGCGCUUUCAACAAGGAGCUCAAUGCGACUGCUGAUCGAUCGGCCGUGCUCACAGGCCUCGCCAGCGAACGUGGGACUCCCGCACCUCCAGACGAUGCUCCUCCCUCUGUCAAGGCGACUUCUGCCGCUAGGAAGGCAAACCGACAAAAGACCAAGUCGCGGCUCUUCCCGACUGUCGAGUAUCAAGAGCGAGUCUCCUACUUCGACCCCAAAUCGAGCUAUGGAAAUUUCAGAGGCUUCUUCGUGUUGUUCUGGAUUGGCCUCGCGAUCAUGGUCAUGACAUCUGUGCUGCGGAAUCUGAAAGAGACGGGGACAUUUCUGAACUUCAGGCAAUGGCCGCUUUUCAGACAAGACCUUGAGGAAUUAGCUGUCAGCGAUGCCCUCAUGGCGGGCAGUACAGCACUAAGUCUGCCGAUGCAGUGGCUGUUCAUGAAGAGUAAGGGACUGUUGAAAUGGACCAAGGCGGGGAUUGUUUUGCAAAGCAUAUACCAAGCAGGAUGGCUAUGGCUCUGGAUAUCCUGGCCGUUUCUACGAGACUGGACGUGGACGGCUCAAGUCUUCUUCACCUUGCACACACUGGUGCUGUUCAUGAAGAUGCAUUCAUAUGGGUUCUACAACGGUCAUCUUUCGGAUACGUACAAUCGCUUGAAGGAACUCGAUAUGCCCAUUGGGCCUGAGACACCAACCACGGCCGCCGUACGUUAUCCUACAUCUUCCUCGCGGUUUGCAGAAAUGAACCAAGAUGAUGAAGAUCCCCACGAGCAUGAACUGUCGCCCAUCGCACAGCUCCGCGAGGACCUUGCUAAGGAGCUAACUUCACCCAUGGGCAACGUCACAUAUCCGCAAAACCUGACCAUUGCCAACUACGCCGACUUCCUUCUCUGUCCGACACUUUGCUACGAGAUCGAGUACCCGCGUACACCGACCCGGUCAUAUUUCGAGCUCGCCAUCAAGAUCUUGGCGGUCUUCGGCUGCGUCUUCCUGAUGACGGUCACCAGCGAGGAGUUCAUCAUCCCAGUCCUGGACGAAUCUCAACUCCGUCUACAUCGAUCACGAACAUUCAUCGACAGCUCACUCAUCUUCGCUGAAACGGUCAGCCGGCUACUGUUCCCAUUCAUGAUCACCUUCCUUCUGGUCUUCCUCGUCAUCUUCGAGUACGUUCUGGGCGCCUUUGCAGAGAUCACUCGCUUUGCCGAUCGACAGUUCUACGCCGACUGGUGGAAUAGCCUGGACUGGUUGGAGUUCAGUCGCGAGUGGAACAUCCCCGUCCACAACUUCUUCAGGCGGCAUGUCUAUUCUGCUAGCAGACAGGCCGGCAUGUCCAAGGGUGCAGCAACUGGAAUAACAUUCCUGAUAUCAGCACUGGCUCACGAGCUCAUCAUGGGCUGUAUUACGAGGAAGUUCAGGGGAUAUGGCUUCAGCCUGAUGAUGUUGCAGAUGCCUUUUGUGGCCAUCCAACGUCUGCCUUGGGUGAAGAAGCAGGCUUUGCUGAACAACGUUAUAUUUUGGAUCUGCAUGGUCUUCGGUCUUGCCCUGCUUUGUGCUCUUUACGUACUCGUCUGA